AUGAUGAAUCCGCUUGGAUUCGACUUUGCGGCCACUGCAGCCGCCGUCUCGGCCGGGUCCUCAUCUACCGAGAGUGCAGCCGCUUCAUCCGCUCCAUCAACCGCCUCAUCAACAACAAUCGGCUCUGAUCAUCUACAACGGUUGGCCGCAAUGACACAGGGUGUCGGCAAAGAAGAUGGCGAAUCCUCAACCCCAACAGCUGAAGCCCUCAACUACGGUGCCUACAUGUCCGGUUACGGUGCUUGGCCCAACUAUUAUCAUCAAUUCGGACAGUUCCAGCCCCUCAACCCAGCGGCAACAUUUGGUGCUUGGCCCGGCUCCUAUUCAGCACCCCAUUGGCCGAACUACGAAGCCUAUUUAGCGCAAACAAAAAAGGGGCGCCAGACCUAUCAACGAUACCAAACAUCGGUGCUGGAGAGCAAAUUUCAACAGUCUUCUUACGUGAGCAAGAAGCAACGGGAGGAGCUCCGGAUCCAGACCAAUCUCACCGAUCGGCAGAUUAAAAUUUGGUUCCAGAAUCGGCGAAUGAAGGCAAAGAAAGAGAAGCAUCGGUUGGAAGAGAGUGGAGAUGCGGUGCCAUUAUUGCCGAAUACGCAACAGAAGCCGCAUGAUGGGACUGAUGAUGACAAGAAAUGGUGCUUCCCACUAGGACCCGGUGGAGCCCCGAACCCUUGGGGCCAAAUGGUCCCACCAAGCGCCUACGGUCAUCCUGCCUAUCCCCUUUGUCCACCGAAUCUA